AUAUGAUUACUAACGCAGAUGGUUUGCGAAAAGUGUGAAAAGAAACUGGGCAAAGUUAUUACGCCGGAUCCAUGGAAAGCUGGUGCCAGAAACACCACCGAGGGUGGUGGACGCAAAAUCAACGAAAACAAAGCUCUUUCGAGCGCAAAGAUACGCUACAAUCCGAUGGCGGGGAAUUUCGCACCCUGCCGAAUAUGCAAGCAAAAAAUUCACCAAGCUGGAUCGCAUUACUGUCAGCAGUGCGCCUACAAGAAGGGAAUCUGUGCGAUGUGUGGCAAGAAGCUGUUGGAUGUGAAAAACUAUCGGCAAUCGUCAACGUAA